ACCACAAGCAGCCUCGACCGACUAACUUAACCUUCCUUUUCUUUCCGGGGCAGUUCUUUAAAUUCUUUCGAUCUCGUCCGUCCGUAUGUCAUUGAUGCAUGUUUGUGAAAUCAUUUCCUUUUUCUCUCCUCUUUCUCUCUUGGACAUUGGCGUAUCAGGAAUGGGCGGUAUGGGCAUGGCUGGGUAGGGACAGUCUCAUGAACCGCGAAGUCCGUCAUGAUAUCUUCGGAUUUGUUUUCUUUGGUCUGACAUUUGAUUUCUGUUUUCUUUGCAUUUUUCGUUUCUUGUUUGUUGAUAUUUUAUUCAUAUGUCUGGUGUUUAUCGUCAGAUAUGAUUCAAUAUUUGCAAGACAUAAAUAAUUAAAGGAAAGAAAAGAAAUACAAGAUAAUGAAAACGAGUUGAUUACUGGACUUGAAGUAGAAUUUUGAAUGAGGGGAAGAGAGGAG